UGUCCCGCACUCUCACUUAACCUCCACACAGUACCGGACGGGAAAUAACUUUAAAUACUUUUUAAAAACGCCGAAAUCCUCUGAAUGAAAGCCCCUCGCGCUCACCACCACCCCGCAGAGUUUGACUCCACGCUGUGAUCCUCGGCGGAGCGCAAACACAGGAGUUACCAAAGUCCCCCCCCCCCCCUCCACCUCCACGCUCCAGCGAUGGUUACUUUACGCACGAGGACUUGAAGGCUGUGCGAACUGACUUCCUCCGCUUCCACCUCGGCGCCUCGAAACUCUUCUUCGCCGUCUGGAGGAUCACGCAGCGAGUGACGAAGAAGUGAACCCAGGUGACGUUCAUGAAUUUUCAAGCCAACCACAAGUGAGAAGAGGGUGUUGGAGUUGAAGUCUCUUAUUUCUGUCCCUCUCCGUCCACGCUCCACAAUGCCUGAUUGUUUCUGCCAAGUCGCCAGGUUCCAGGCCAGAUCUGAACAACGCUUUCCUGCCAAAUUCCGACCCCUUUUUUUUGUUUUUCUUCCUCUCACAAAGGGAUUCUAAGUUACUGUCCACGAUUAAGAAGAGGACUUAGCUAGCUGACGGCAGCAACGGUUUGUUUGUUGAAUGUGUCUCUGAGCUAAGAAAUGACGUAGACAACAAAGGAGGAAAGGGAAUAUUACCCAAAAUGCUCACAGAGAACAAAUGAUGUCUUCCAUGCGAGCUACGCCUCCCUUCCACCCGCCGUCGGAGGAAGAGGAAGCGAUGGGUCAGGACAUCGGGGCCUGGUCUAGCGACAAGCGAGAGGGCCCCAAAGAGACCAUGUCUCCCUCUCCGCACGACCAACCCCACCUGGAUGAGCUGCAGCCAAUCAGAGAGAAGCUGACGGAUGCUGAGUGGGAGAGCGCGGUGCCUGCUGCUGCGAUGGACAAUGACAGCAGUAAAGGCUGCUCCGUCUACUCCUACCGGACUAAUUCUACCUCUCCACCAAAGCCAGAGGAGUGUUCCAGGGAUCGCGGGGAGCAAAUGAUCGGCCUCGCCUUCGGGACACCGGAGCGCCGCAAGGGAAGCCUGGCAGACGUGGUGGACACACUGAAACAGAAGAAACUUGUGGAGCUGACCAAGACGGAGCAAGACGGACCAGAGGUUGCCGCUUGGUUGCCAGUCAUUCACAGGACCGACAUAGAGCGACAAACAAACAUCCAUGCUCAUAGCAAGCCAACCUGCAUGGAGAGGCUCCUCUCUAAGGAAUGGAAGGAGCGCGUCGACCGCCUGAACGCCAACGAGCUGCUGGGGGAAGUCAAAGGUACGCCGGAGUCUUUGGAGGAGAAAGAGCGCCAACUCUCCACCAUGAUCGGCCAGCUGAUCAGUCUGAGGGAGCAGCUCCUCUCGGCCCACGACGAGCAGAAAAAGAUGGCCGCCUCACAGCUGGAGAAGCAGAGACAACAGAUGGAGCUGGCCAGGCAGCAGCAGGAACAGAUCGCCAGACAACAGCAGCAGCUCCUGCAGCAGCAGCACAAGAUCAACAUUCUCCAACAGCAGAUCCAGGUUCAGGGUCACAUGCCUCCUCUGAUGAUCCCCGUUUUCCCUCAUGACCAGCGCUCUCUGGCUGCUGCCGCCGCUGCACAGCAAGGCUUCCUCUUCCCACCGGGCAUGUCCUACAAACCAGGUGACAAUUACCCCAUGCAGUUCAUUCCAUCGACAAUGGCAGCUGCAGCAGCAUCUGGACUCAGCCCGUUACAACUACAGCAGCUGUAUGCCGCCCAGCUGGCAAGCAUGCAGAUCUCACCAGGAGCCAAGAUGACUCCCCUCCCGCAGGCUCCCAACUCCUCCGGCCCUCUCUCCCCCUCAGCCCUGAAGAACGAGAAGCGGGCGUCCAGUCCUGUUGCGCAGAUUAAGGAGGAAGGAUCCACACAGCCAUUGAACCUCUCAGCCAGACCCAAGACAGCAGACCCUCUUCGCUCCCCGACGUCCCCGACACAGAGUCUUUUCCCCGGAAAUAAAACCAGCCCCUCGGGUAUGGGAAAAGGCCGCAUCCCGAGCCCGCUCCCCAGCAUGGGCAGGAACACCUCUCUGGACAUCCUGUCCAGCCUGAACUCCACGGCGCUGUUCGGGGACCAGGACGCCGUAAUGAAGGCCAUCCAGGAGGCGAGGAGCAUGAGGGAGCAGAUCCAGAGGGAGCAGCUCCACCACCAACAGCAGCAGCAGCAGCAGCAGCCAGGACACCAGAGUCUGGAGGCCAAACUGUCGGCACUGAGCAGCAUGAGCCUCAACAACGGCAACAAGGAGCGGCUGCACUACGAGACGCUGAGCCAGCACCUCGGGAAGCUCGGAGAGGAAGCUGGGAAGAUGGUGCAUCGAGUCAUUGACCUGACGAGACCUGAAGACCUGGAUGGGAAUAACAUGGCAGAGGCACGAGUGUUCAGAGAGGCGCGGGGCAGGAACAACAACGAGCCGCACAUCAAGAGGCCCAUGAACGCCUUCAUGGUGUGGGCCAAAGAUGAGAGGAGGAAGAUCCUGCAGACCUUCCCCGACAUGCACAAUUCCAACAUCAGCAAGAUCCUCGGCUCUCGCUGGAAAGCCAUGACCAACCAGGAGAAGCAGCCGUACUAUGAAGAGCAGGCCCGCCUGAGCAAGAUCCAUCUGGAGAAAUACCCAAACUACAAGUACAAGCCCAGGCCCAAGAGGACCUGCAUCAUCGACGGCAAGAAGCUGAGGAUCGGAGAGUACAAGCAGCUGAUGCGGUCACGACGUCAGGAGAUGAGGCAGUUCUUCGUGGGGCCUCAGCCCCCGAUUUCUCUCGGCAGCAGCCCAGGUGGCGUAGGAGUUUACCCAGGUGCCAUAACGAUGGCCACAACAGCCACCCCAUCCCCACACCUGACCUCAGAUUGCUCCAGCAACUCAGCCAGCCCCGAGCCCGCCAUUCCCGUCAUCCAGAGCACGUACGGGAUAAAGUCCGAGCCCGGCGGGGGGAGCAACGGCGCCGGGGUCGGCGGGCUGGAUCAUUUGCCCAGCGACCCGGCCAACGGAGAUGACGACAUGGACAUGUAUGAGGACUUUGAGGAUGAGCCCAAGUCAGACUAUAGCAGCGACCACGAGACACGGGAGGCCGUGAGCGCCAACUGAGCGCUCUGUUGUAAAAAAAAAAACAAAAAAACAAAAAAGAGAAAAUGAACUCCUGUUAUACUCAGAGACACUUUUUAAAACGCAGUUUAUAACAAAGACCUCCAGGCAGACUUUCAGGACAUGUAUUCAUGCACUGAGCAUGCCCGGACAGGAUUCACACUCAGCGGACAUGCUCACAAAGGUCUCGGACGGUGUGGCGAUGAACGAACAGGGCUGAUAGGAAAAAAAUGUGACUCCGGAAAACAACCUGAAAAGACUUUAAGACGUCCAACUGACAAUGAACUUCAGCUUCCUUAUCUUUGACAAUCUUAACAGGAGCGAGCAAGAGGAACACGAGAGGGAGCGAGAACAAGAGCGAUAGAGAAAGAGAAAGAGGGGGAGAAAGGAAACGAGUGACGAACACAUUGCUGUGUGGUUUGUAAAGAGCAUGCAUGGAUUUUGAAGCAUCAGGAGUUGGUCUUCAACAGCUAUUUGGUCUUAAAUGUUUAAGGAGUGAAUUAGUUUUUAUCAUUAUGUAUUUACUUUUUGUGGGUUUUUAUUUUCCUUUUUUGUUUUUUGUUCCAUAGACUCUUUCUGACAGGUCACUGCCUGUACAAACUCUGGACUGUCGGAACUUGAAAUUUGAAAAGUUUUAAUAUAAAUCCUAGCUAUUGUAAUCUUAUAGUCUUACUUUUGUUUCUUACGGAUACAUCUACACCUUUUUUUUCUGACAAACUGCUUACAUUACAUUACUGUUUUUUUUUUUUUAAAUAUCCCAGCUCAGGUAUGAUGUGCCAGCUUGUGAAUGUUUUUUUUUUUCAUUCGUUUUCAUACAAAAAGGAGUGGUAGGAAUUUUUCGACUGUUGAUGGAAUAAAGGGAGUAAAAUCCCUUAUAAACCAUUAUUAUUAUUAUUAUUAUUAUUAUUACUAUUAUUAUUAUUAUUAUAUUAUUAAGAGAGUACCCAGGCAUUGUACAGAUUUACGUCAAAUGUGCCAAAACCUACAUUCACAUUCACUCGGGAUGUUGUAGUCUUAACUUCCAAUGCUGCAAAAGUCUUACACAAUCACCUUUUUCAAUCUAAUUUCAUGAGUUUCUUCUCUGUAAAUGCUGGCCCCUCUCCUGGCAGAGCAAAGGGAGGAUGGGUUUGUUGUCCUUCCAGCAUUGAGAUGUAGUCAGAUGAGCAGCAUCAGCUUCAUUUCCACUGCUCCGGUGCUUUCACGAACCACAAUGCCCAUAGUUCCUUGAGGCCAAACACAUAGAAAAUAGAGCUCAACAGUGUGGUUCUAAAAGUAAAAAAAAAAUCACAUUAAUUUCUCCAGAGUUGAUUCAGUCAUUUGCCAUUCUGUCAGAACCUUUCAAGGGAGUUUUUGAUAUCAAUUAGGGUUUAUCCGCAUCCUUGGGGAAAAGAACUACACUACCCACAAUCCUAGAGUCGCAGCAACAUGUCGGAACAGUGGAGCCUGCUGUUACUAUAAUAAUGUUUACCCCUACCACACAAUAUAUGCAGUCAGUGUUUGUUGCCAUCUUGUAGUUGGCGCCUUUACUGUUGGACUUCAGCAUCUGUUGUUGCCUGCUGACUGUGACAGCAGUGUGGAUAGUUGGUGCUGAUGAAGCAAGCUUAAUAAGACCAUCUCAACUCUUCAUAUUUUAUAUAUUAACCAUUUUUUACAAAAGCAGCCUGAUCUGGAGUAAUAGAAAACAAAAACUGGACUGUCUGGUAUAUAUUUGUGAUGAAGUGCUUCAUAAUAUAAUGUUACUAUACUCACUUGUUAACUUAAUAAUUGAAAAUCUGCAUUUAACAAUCACAAACAGAGGAAAUAAGCCAACAUUUGUCAUAAAUGUUCAGAACAUACAUAUUUCCUGUUUUUGCUGUGGUUUCAUAAUGAUUAGUUGCAGCUAUCACUUGAUUGUGCUUUCUAGUAAGUAGAAGAAUAUCAUACGUUUGAUUUUUUCUGAAUUGAAUUUAACAAUAAUACACCUUCUAUAGAUCACUCAAGGGGGCCAAGGUAAUUCUACUUUUCUCUGUUCCUUUUAAGAAUACAGAAGUCCUCUGUGCAGUCAGUAAAUCUGUGCAAGGUGUCCGCUUCAGGACAAAACCUUUUUCGUCAACACUUUUGGAGUAAACCUGUUUUAAAAAGUCACAGUGGUCCAAACUGCCAAGAACUCCAAAAAUUCCUCCUAAACAUCAGUGUCAACAAGAAAGUUAAAUAUAAAUGUCUUUAAAAGAAAGAACCUUUUCACUUCUUGCUUAGUUUUAAUUCAAAUGCACAAAAACAUAUUACAGCAUUAGUAUCUGUGUCCACAGCUACUGUUGUUUGUGUUUGCAGCGUUCACUCUCCAUACGAAAACAGUGCUUUUUUUGUUGCCUGUCAGUUGAAAACAGUUUAUCUUUAGAACAGCGCUGAACUUGGCAACGUCACUACUCCCUAAUUGGUCAAUCAAAAUCAGAAGGGGAGGUUCUUAUGAUACCAGCUUUGUCAACAACGAUGGCAGCUUACAAACUGAUCCAGCUAGUCUUUAUAAGAGUAAAGUUUCAAGUCUAAAACCAGGGCAGGAUUCCUUUAAAUCAUGGGUGUCAAACUAAAGACUCAGGGGCCAAAUCCAGCCCGUGGUGCAGUCUAUUUUAACUGGCCCACCGGUAUGAUGUCUGCAGAUUUAUAAAAAUGUUUACUUAACAUUGAUGAUUUAAAAUGUCUGAUUUAAGUCAUAAAAAUAAAAUCAAGAUUAAAAAUGGUAAGUUAGAAAAAAGCCAGAAAUGUGGUUAAAGAAAUUCAUUUGCAUUUUCAUUUCAGAUUUUCAAUUUUGGAUCUCAAAAACGUGACUUUUAACUCAUAUUUUGACCUUUUAAACUCAUGACUUUUACUCUGUCAUAUAUUUCCCUUUAACAAACAUGUUUAUUAUAACAAUUCCAUGUUUGAACUAAUACGUUUGACUUCUUAUCUCAGAUUUUGAGCUUUAAAGUUAUUUUCACAUUUUUAAAUCUCAAAACGACUUAUUGUCAGUACAUGUUUUGAAUAUCUUAUUUCUAGUGAAAAUGAGGUUAACUGUUUAUGGUUAAAAGUUGACCUUUUAAGGCUCUUAUGUUAGACUUAAAUUCAGAAUCUGGCCCCUGCUGUGGUUGAGUUUGACACCCUGAAUGGGAAUCCCACAGAGCUAUUGAAAAACAGUGUUACCGAUACUGCCAAGGAAACUUUUGUAGCCUAAAAAGUAUUAAUACUGUUGAGAAGUGCUCUAAAAAAAGAGGUUUUGGGUACUGGCAGUGCAAAAAAAAAAAAAAAACUGAGCCUGUGGACACAGUUUAAACUAGGGCUUUCAAGAUUAACUGAGUUUAUUGUGAUAAAUCAAGAUCCACAAUUAGUGCACUGAUUUGAUUUAAAUCAUGAUUAAUCGCACCUCUUUCAAGACACUUUGAUUAAGCCACGUCAGCGUCUCCCUGCAGCCACAUUAAUGUAGAAGAAGUCCACAACGGCUCCUUAAUGUCUCAUUUUACUUUGAAAAUCUCACAGACCAGUGGACAAGUCAAAAUUCAUGUGCAUCUUGUAUUAUCAAAAAUUAACAUUUUUUCUGUUCCCUUAUUUCUUUUCAAUACAUAAGUUCUUUUUUCUGUGGUUCACUUCCUGUUAGAGGUCGUCUUUUAUCUACCUCUGGAAGCAUGUCUAUAUCCACACAGGAAGUCAAUUUUCCUUAGUUAAAGUCAGUGGAAAAAUACAAAAUGACAUAAAAACAGCCAAAAAUGCAAAAAAGUGGAAUUUUAAAACAAAUUCCAAAGGUUGCAAUUAAUCAUGAUUAACUACAGAAAUUCUGGGAUGAAUUGCUAUUAAAGUUUUAAUGUUUUGGUAGCCUUAGUUUCAAUAUAACAACAAGGAUAAACAUAGAAAGAAGUUUAUGUAGGUUGUGGAAGAGGAGUGUUUAAUUAUUGUUUGUUGGGUCGUGUCAGAUCUUUUAAAAUUUAAAACAAACAAACACAAUGGAUUGUGGGAUGUGUAGUUGCUUCACCCCCUCAAAAAAGCAUUAUGUUCACAGUCUUGUACAAUGCCUUUUUCUUUAUUUUAAUGCUGAUAAGAAUGUUUUAAUGUCACAGGUAUUCUGGUAGCUGGUCGGCUUGUUUCCAGGAUUAAAAUAUUGCCGUUUGGAUUUUCUGGCAUGUGAAUGCCAAGUUUAAAUGGGAAAAUUUACUUAAGGAACCAGAUCUGCCAAAAAAGAAGUGGGUGGUCACUGCUGAGCUCUAUUAAUCCCUUUUCCCGGCAACCUCGCUCUUAAUCUGGUUUAAUAUUUAGACAUUUUGUUGGCUUAAUUUCUGCUCGGACUCUUUGAGAUCAUUAGUCUUAAAUGUCAGCCUUGUAGCUCAGACUCAUAGGACAGAGUAUGAACACCCCCUUUACUGUAGGACAGGACUUUUAAUUCUGGAUCCCGUCACUGUAUUUGAAAUUGUACAAAAUGUUACUAUUUUUUAUCAGCCUGUUAAUAUUUGUAAAUGUAUUUUAAUUAUAACAAGGGGAGAAGAUACACCAAACUUGUGUUUUAAAAAAAGAAUUUAUAGAGUUGCAAAAAAUGGGUUUAAUAGGUCUGUUAUUUCAAAAAGGGUACGUUUUUCUACGUUGCAUGUAUAUUUUGAAGACGAGUAAAUUAUUACGAGAAGAAUGGAGGAAAAAUAAACGUGCGUAGCUCCCAUUCAGCCUCUCAGCCGGAGCACACACAAGUUUUUCCACAGCGAGAUGUUCCUCUUUACGUCUCGGCGGUCGGCACCACGCUGGGUGUGCACGCUUUUUCCUCUGUUUUCCUCAAAUGUCACAUUCUUUCUCUAAAGACACAUAAUAUUAUUUCUUUGUCUCUUUUUUCACUCCGUUCUGCGUUUUCAACACCUGCGACCUCGGGUGUAUUUUGGGUGCUCUGUUGCUCUUUUUAUACGGACUCUUUCUUUCUCUUCAUGACCACCUCUGGGAGUGUUUCACAAGCUGGGACUGAACAUUGGUUUUUGCUUGCAUCACCUGAAAAAAGCCUCAUGCAUAGACAUUUCUGUUAGUGUCACACAUCCUAAGCACUGGAUAUAAAUUCUAUGUUUUUUUUUAGUAUUAACUAAUGUGAAGUUGUGUUUGAUUUUUAAAAUGAAAACUAGAGCAGUCAAAAGUCAAAUGUUUGGACUCUAUAGGACGCCUCUCACAUGCGAGGGAGGCACAAGUAAAUUGCCAUUUUUUUUUAGAAACAUUUCAUUUAUUGAAGCAUUUUGUUUUUUGUUUUUUUUUUUGUUGAUGCCGCAGCUCUCGUGCCGCCUGACGGGGGUCACAUCACCUCUGAUCUCUUUGAAAAUGGUAACCUCAUGCUCUCGUCAGCUGUGACCUGCAGGAGCGCAACACAAGCUUCCUGGUCACUCUCAUAUUUUUGUGAUGAGUAUUGUAUUUGAAAUUCAAUUGUGCGUUUUAACAUUUCAUUGUAUUUAUUAGCCAGCUUUGGCUCUAAAAAGUGUCAGUACAACUUGGUGAGAAAGACAAUCAAAAAAAAAAUAAAGAAAUAAAUAAAAAGUA